AUGAGCAGUUUGAUCAACUUCGAAUUCUGUAGCAGCUAUGCCGGACGACGCCACAGCCAGGGCAAUGCCGUAGUCAAUUUAAUUGGAUUUAUAUGCAUCGAAGCUAGUGGAUUCCAUGCAGAAUCAUCAAGGGGAACUUUUUUCAAUACUGUAGCAAUGACAGGAUUUUGGUUCACUGGCAUUCUGCUUGCCCUGUACCUAUUCCACAUUGUUGAAAAACUCUACAAGAUUCCCUGGUUAAAAAUAGAAUUUGUUUUUUGUGCCUUAUGGACUGGUCUUUACCUAAUUGCUUCUUCAUUAGCAAUAGCCUAUCACGUGGAAGCUUACAUAGCAGCUGGGUUCUUUGGAUUUUGUGGUAUGGUGCUGUAUGGUAUAGAUGCUUUUAUCAAAUUCCAGGCCAUAAAGAAUGGUCAGAUAGCUCAAGGAGAGAGGGUGAUAAGUAAACAAACAACAACUAUUUCAAGACCAGCUUACUGAACAUGCAGUUUUAUGGCAACAUCUGUUACGUUAUCUGGUUUUGUUGUGUCAGCUUAUGUUUAGGUCAGAUUAGUAAUUUACUUUUUUUUUUCUGAUUGACUUGGGUGUUUCUUGAUGAAGGUUCAUAGUAAUUUCACAAACCACAUUUAACGAUUCGAUCACAAGUUUGUGUAGGUGCGGUUUGUAAAAUUAGUAAUUUUCCAAUGGCAAUGGAUUUUUUUUUGAGGCAUUGUAUUGAUAUAAUCAAGUAGCUUCAGCAUACCAAAAAACUAUUAGUAACUAAAAAAACAUCAGAGAAAUCCCUUUCACAAACAAUAGUGUUAACGAUAUAACAAUAGUUAUAUCGAUAAAUAAAUGUGAGCAAUCUAUAAUAUGCCAGUGUCACUGCAGACAUUGAUGUUAAAAGACUGAACAUAGAAAUGAAAUCAAUUAUCUUGAAUGUUUUAUUGUAUUCAGAAAUAAAGGUGGAAAAAUGCAGCUGAUUAACUGAACACUAAUUGAAAAUUACAUUAAGAAGAAUUUUUAUCCCAUUACAUGCAAUAUAACAUAGAGAGAGAGAGAAAGUACUUUAUUGUUCAUGAAUAACAUCAUGGUUACAAAGUUAAAAAAUUAAAAAAAAAAUAUAAAAUAUACACAGCACUGAUACCAGAGAAAAUAUGUCAACAACAAUUAAACUUGUUAAUAAAAGGUAACAUGUCACACUUAAUACUAUAUAAAUCUACACAACUAUACAUAAUAAAAGAUGAGCAACA